CCGAAAUAACCAAAUAAUUUGUGUUUUACAUUUUUUUUAAUAUACAAUGGGAUUACAUUAUUUUCCCGUGAGGCAACAUAUUUUUCCGGGUUCUUUUGGCGUGGUUGUUAGGUCAGCUGAUCAUAACACGGAAGUGGAUGAUAGUCGACGUCAUCAGGCGGCGUGAGGAGACGAAGAGCUGCUUUCAACGUCUUCCUCUCCGGGUCUAUGAAUCGUUAUCGGAUGGAUUUAACGUUUGGACGUUCCACUGCAGUGUGAAAGUGUUCGUGUGUGAUCUGAUGGAGAAGGUGUUCCGCUCUCCUGGUCGCCAUGGUUACGCGGUGGAAGUGUCUCCGUUCAUCCCCCACCGGGUGGCCUGCGCCGCCUCCCAGCACUACGGCAUCGCAGGCUGUGGCGCUCUGCUGGUGCUGGAUGAGACGGAGUCGGGGGUCGCCGUGGUCCAAAGCUGGCAGUGGGCCGACGGGUUGUUCGACGUGACGUGGAGCGAAGCCAACGAGCACGUCGUGGUCGCCGGGGGCGGAGACGGCAGCCUGCAGCUGUGGGACACGGCCAAUCACGGCGCUCCGCUGCGAGUGGCCAAGGAGCACACGCAGGAGGUGUAUUCUGUGGACUGGAGUCAAACCCGAGGGGAGAACCUGGUCGUCUCGGGGUCGUGGGAUCAAACAGCCAAAGUGUGGGACCCGUCUCUCAGCCAUUCGCUGACCACGCUAAGGGGUCACGAAGGGGUCAUCUACAGCACCGUCUGGUCGCCUCAUAUCCCAGGAUGCUUUGCUUCAGCCUCAGGUGACGGGACCCUCAGAAUUUGGGACGUGAAGAGCGCCGCGUGCCGAUUGGUCGUCCCGGCGCACAGGGCCGAGAUCCUGAGCUGCGAUUGGUGCAAAUAUGACCAGAACGUCGUGGCCACCGGCUCAGUGGACUGCAGUGUGUGUGUGUGGGACCUGAGGAACGUGAAGCAGCCAAUCAGCACGCUGCUGGGACACAGCUACGCCGUCAGGAGAGUCAAGUUCUCUCCGUUCUGUGAGACCACGUUGGCCUCCUGCUCCUACGACUUCACCGUCAGGUUCUGGGAUUACAGAAGGAACCGACCUCUAGAGACCGUGGAGCAUCACUCAGAGUUUGUGUGUGGAUUCGACUUUAAUCUGCACAACCGCAGACAGGUGGUGGACUGUUCCUGGGAUGAGACGGUGAAGAUCUACACACCUGCCUGUUUGUCUGUUGGAUGACACAAUAAAGCACCGUAGAUCAAACACACACAUUCAGAAGUUCUCAUGAUCUCUUUUAGAAACAAGAGGUACCAUGUUUUUUCAAGGAGGAAAAAGGAAUGAACGAAUGUUCAUUGAUUGUCAUCGA